AUGGUUAGCCCAGCCCUCAAGCGCAAAGCAGACAACUCCGCUUCUUCACCAGCAGACAGCAAGAAACCCAAGGGCGGCAGCAUUACCUCGUUCUUCGGUGCGCCCAAGCCAAAGCCUGCGAACACUCAAUCGGGGAAUGCUAGCUCUCCCCCUCGACCUACUUCCUUCAACAAGGAAAAAUGGGUGGCGUCUCUGAAACCGGAGCAGAAAGAGCUGCUACAAUUGGAGAUUGAUACUCUAGACGAAAGCUGGCUCGCUCACCUGAAAGAUGAAAUCGUGACACCGGAAUUCCUGAACUUGAAACGCUUCUUGAAAAAGGAGAAGGAUUCUAAAGCUAAAGUCUUUCCCCGGAGGAAGAUGUUUACUCUUGGUCCCGCCACACCCCCCCUCCACAAAGUAAAAGUAGUAAUAGUCGGUCAAGACCCCUACCACAACGACAACCAAGCCCACGGCCUCGCCUUCUCCGUCCGCCCCCCAACCCGCGCCCCACCAUCCCUGGCAAACAUCUACAAAGAAAUCAAAAAGGAAUACCCCACCACCUUCACCUUACCCCCCAACAACGGCGGCCUCCUAAUCCCCUGGGCCGAGCGGGGCGUAUUAAUGCUAAACACAUGUCUAACUGUGCGCGCCCAUCAGGCAAACAGCCACUCGAAUAAAGGCUGGGAGCGAUUUACACAACGCGCUAUUGAUCUCGUUGCUCGGGUUCGCACGCACGGAGUCGUGUUUUUGGCGUGGGGGAAUCCGGCUGCGGCGAGGGUUGCGAAGAUUCAGAGGGAUAGGCAUUGUGUUUUGCUUUCUAAGCAUCCUAGUCCUUUGAGUGCGCAUGGUGGAUUUUUCGGCAACAAUCAUUUCAUCAAAUGUAAUGAGUGGCUCGCGUCGCGAUACGGUGACGAUGAGAUUAUUGACUGGGCUUUGGUACCGGGUACUUCUACAAAGGAGAUUAAAGAGGAUGUCGCUACGUCUACAUCUGACAAGGAGAAUUCCUCGAGUUUGGCAAAUGCAUCUCCCUCGGGGACGAAGACGGAGGCCAAGGUGCCCGACACUAAUGCCAAGUGCUCACUUGAAACUCUUGAUAAAGGGAAUGCGAAGAGCAAGGCCAAUGCUGAAGUCGAUGAGUUUGAUGACGAGGAUGCGUUGGAGGCUUUGAUUGAGGCGGAGAAGAAUUCUUCUCCUGUUGGGAAGGCUUGA